AUGAAGACCAUCAUAGCUGCCUACUCUGGGGUGCUGAGAGGGACUGGAUCCAGCCUCCUCUCAACUGUGCAGGACUUGCCGUCCAUUCCUUGGUUCUCAAAGUCUCGUGUGGAAAGACAUCUUCAGAUCAUCUCAGUCUUGCAAUGGGUCCUCAGCUUCCUCAUCCUGGGGGUUACAUGUACCGUGAUCCUGAUCUACAUUUUCUGCACGGACUGUUGGCUAAUUGCUGCCCUGUAUGUCGCCUGGCUCGUGUUUGACUGGAAUACCCCCAACAAAGGUGGCAGGCGAUCUACGUGGGUCAGGAACUGGGCGGUCUGGAGGUACUUUAGAGACUACUUCCCAAUACGGCUUGUAAAAACGCACAAUCUACUUCCCAGCCGCAACUACAUCUUCGGCUAUCACCCUCAUGGUAUCAUGUGUCUGGGUGCAUUUUGUAACUUUGGCACGGAGGCCACUGGUGUGUCCAAGAAGUUCCCCGGUAUUAAGCCAUACCUUGCCACACUAGCUGGGAACUUCCGAAUGCCGGUGCUAAGAGACUACCUUAUGUCUGGAGGAAUUUGCCCAGUGAACCGUGACACUAUAGACUACAUCCUCUCCAAAAACGGGACAGGAAAUGCUGUGGUGAUAGUCAUCGGUGGUGCUGCAGAAUCCCUAAACUGUCAGCCUGGGAAAAAUGCAGUGACUCUAAAGCAAAGGAAAGGAUUUGUGAAGAUUGCACUUCAGCACGGUGCUGAUCUAGUGCCAGUCUACUCAUUUGGGGAGAAUGAAGCUUAUAAGCAGGUGGUGUUUGAAGAAGGUUCCUGGGGCCGCUGGGUGCAAAGGAAAUUCCAGAAAUAUGUUGGAUUUGCCCCUUGUGUCUUUCAUGGUUGUGGCUUCUUUUCGGCAGAAAGCUGGGGGUUGGUUCCAUAUUCCAACCCAAUCACCACUGUUGUUGGAGAACCCAUUACUGUCCCCAGAAUGGAACAUCCAAGCCAGAAGGACGUGGACCUCUACCACAGCAUGUACCUAAUCUCCCUACAGAAGCUCUUUGACAAAUACAAGACUAAGUUUGGCCUCUCAGAGUCUGAGGUUCUGGAAAUCAACUGA